AUGCCUCAGAAUGAGUAUAUGGAACGCUUUGCCAAGCAACAUGGCAAGCGUCUCGACCACGAUGAGCGCAAGCGCAAGAGACAGGCCAGAGAGGGCCACGCUGGCUCUGAGAAGGCUCAGAACUACCGCGGUCUGCGCGCAAAGCUGUACCAGGAGAAGCGCCGCAAGGAGAAGAUCCAGAUGAAGAAGCAGAUCAGAGCCCACGAGGAGCGCAAUGUAAAGUCAAGCGAAGCCGCAGAGCCCUCCAACACCCCUCUGCCCGCCUACCUGCUCGACCGCAGCAACGAGCAGAACGCAAAGGCUCUCUCCUCAGCCAUCAAGAACAAGAGAGCCGAGAAGGCCGCCAAGUUCAGCGUACCCCUGCCCAAGGUCAGAGGUAUCGCCGAGGAGGAGAUGUUCAAGGUUGUCAAGACCGGAAAGAAGACUGCAAAGAAGAGCUGGAAGAGAAUGAUCACCAAGCCUACUUUUGUCGGUCCCGACUUUACUCGUCGUCCUGUCAAAUACGAGAGAUUCAUCCGUCCCAUGGGUCUCCGUUACAAGAAGGCAAACGUCACUCACCCCGAACUCGGUGUCACUGUCCAGCUCCCCAUCAUCUCCGUCAAGAAGAACCCCCAGAACCCCAUGUACACUCAGCUCGGUGUCUUGACCAAGGGUACAAUCAUCGAGGUCAACGUUUCGGAACUUGGUCUUGUUACCGCUGGUGGAAAGGUCGUCUGGGGUCGUUGGGCCCAGGUUACCAACAACCCCGAGAACGAUGGCUGCUUGAACGCUGUUUUGCUCGUUUAA